AUGAAUAAUGGUAUAAAUAGAAGAAGAACUAGUAGUAAUGUAGGUCAGAGUACUACUACAACUACAACAAAUACUCUGUCAUCGACACCUACUACGACUACUCCUACUACACCUGCAAAUAAUAAUCAUUCUAUAGGACAUAAUAUAGUUAAUAGAAGCCCAACUAGUAGGAGUGAAAUCAAUCAUAGAAAUCAACAACAACAACAACAACAAACACAAUCAUUAACAUCAUUUAGAUCAAAUAAUACAAGUCUAUACCCUUCAUAUGCAGAUCAACCAGACAUUGUUAGAGCAUCACAAAAAGAUGAGUUUUACAAGAAACUAUUUGAAGAUCAAGUAUUUGAAGUAUUGACUAGAUUAUUAGGACCAAGAUUUAUAAUGAACAAACAAAAUGAAUCAAAAUUAGUAUCAAAUCUAUCAUAUUUCAUAUUGACAACAUUACUUGGUUCUCAAACACUUGGUGAAGAAUAUUGUAAUCUAAGACAAAUCAAAAAUAAUAGUUUCUCUUUACCUUCUAUCAUUGAUCGAUGUAGAUUAAUGUUUUAUCAAUUAUUGGCACCAUAUUUGAUUAAAAAGUUUAUGCCAAAGUUAUUCCAAAGAUUUCCAAACCUCUAUUCUGUCAAGGAGUUCCUACCUAAAUUGGAGAGAUUCCACUUGGCGCUAUUUUAUUUUAGUGGAUCCUAUUAUGAAUUUUCAAAGAGACUAUCAAAUAUUAGAUAUAUAUUUAAUCGUAAAGUCGAUCAAAGAAGACCGAAAUAUCAUAUACUUGGAUUCCUUAUUAUCAUUCAACUAUUUGUAUCAUUAUUUAUUUAUCUAAAGGAAAAUAAUUUCUUUAUCUUUAAAAAGAAUGAAGAUCUAAACGUUGAAUCAUUAGAUUCAUCGACUUCAACGAAUAGUGGUGGUAGUGGUAGCAGUGGCAGCGGAAUUAACAAUGAAGAAUCAUCGAGUGGAAAAUGCACCCUUUGUCUUGAAAAUAGAAAACAUACAACAUCUACGAUUUGUGGACAUUUAUUUUGUUGGUAUUGUCUAGCAGAAUGGUGUAACACCAAAGAGGAAUGUCCUCUAUGUAGAAGACCAAUCACUUUAAGAUCAUUAAUUCCAACUUAUAAUUAUUAA